AGAGGGAGGGAGGGGAAAGAGAAGAAGACAAAAGAGUCAUAAAACUAAAGCAGUUGUGGACGACAGCAAAACUUCUCGUAAAAGCGUGCGCCUCUUACAAGUUGAAGGAAUGGGCAGCCUUCCAGUGGCCCUGCUCCUCUGCAGUUUCCACGUGCUCACAGCUGUAGCCCAAACCCCGGAGUCUGAGACCAAUGAGGCGCCGGGAGGCACCCUGCCAACCAACUGUAGGGAGGAGAUGUAUGCUUGCACCAGGAUGUACUCGGUUCACAAGCCUGUCAAGAGAUGCAUUGGCAGUGUUUGUUUCUACAGCGUCCCUCGUGUCUACGUGAUCAACAAAGAGAUCUGCAUGAGGACGGUGUGCCAGCAGGACGAGUAUCUGAAAGCUGAGCAAUGCAGAGAAUUGUCUGGGUGGCCCAAGCGUUUUCAGAGGUCAACUAACAGGAAACGCUGUCGCAAUCGCCGUAGCAACGGCAAAACCUGGGCAAACAAGGCCUGACGGGGACAGGGAUGAUGGUUUGACCACCGGUGAGGAUGGAGAGCCCGAGAAGGGGCGUUGUCAUAAAAACAGCCCAUAACACUAUAUAUUCACAGCUCAACACCUGGGGGUCCAUUUGUUUCUCUAACACACGCCUGUGUGCUGAGUCAUAUCUAUGUUUAUGUAUUUGUCGUUUAACUGUGUGUGAACACUGAAGGUGUGCUCAUGUCAUGUGUUGGACACAGAUCAUGUCUUUGAUGGUUUACGACGCCUUUAGGGUACUGUAGUAAUGGACCUAUAGCAGCACUGAGUCAUUUCAUUGACCAAAGACAGACCUACUCUGUAGUAAGGAACUGUACGACGCUUACUGACAAUCUACAAUUAAAUGCACUAUAGUAUACGUUCAAAUAAAGAUACAUCUGUUCAUGA